AUGCCUGCCUCACUUAUGAUGACUAUCGGUGAUCAUUUUGAAGAAAAAAUUAUUAAAUUCGGCAAUGAAGAUUCUAAUGAAGAUAUUGACCAUCCACGACAAUCAGUAACUCAAAAUUGUAGAUCAUAUGUUCUUCCACUUUUGAAUACUCAAAUGGAAGUACGAAUGAUUGACACACGUGCAAUUGGAGAUACACGUGGUCUUACUCAAGAUGAUGUUAACAUGCAACAUAUUAUUUCAUAUAUCAGUAAUCUUUUAUGUUUAAAUGCCAUUUGUAUUCUUUUUAAACCCAGUGAAUCAAGAUUGAAUAUCAUUCUUCGUUCAUAUUUUGAUCAUUUAUUAAACUUUCUAGGUGAAAAUGCUCGUGAUAAUUAUUAUCUUUUGUUUCAUAAAUUCUCGAGCAAUAUAUUCCUUUCAACAAAUCAAACACGUUUUGUUUCAAUCGUGAGUCAUUUCGUUAUCUACGUAAUUGCUUUACAAAAUGGAAUCAAAUUCGAUAAAUAUCAAGACGAUGAAUAUCAACAAAGUCGGACAAACUCAGUCAUUGAAGCAAAUGGUCUUCUUCAAUAUAUUUUUGGAAGAGAACUCAAACUUUAUCUUGAAAAUGAAUGGCGAUCAAUUGAACAUACUCAAUAA